GUGCGUACACUAGAUACUGGAAGAAUCGGAUGGGAAAAGCAAAAGUGGGAUGGGUGGGAUCACAUUUCUGGUAAUGACUUCACGUGUAAGCAAAGCAGAGUGGUUGACCCGAGAACUGAGGGGAUCUCCGGCUUGGAUCACCGGCAGAAGCCCGUGACGUCCGCCGACCGCCACUGGAUCCUCCGGCUAAAUCUGGUCAAAUCUCGUCCGUCCGAUUGAAAUGGAACUCCAUAACGCUUUGACCUAUCGGCGUUCCUUUUUUAGUCUGUAUUUAUUUAUUGCUUUUUUAGACCACACCCACCAUGUCACCUUCAUCAAAGCCCCUCAGACCAGACCAGACCACGACCACGUCGCCCCACUACAUUUAUUUUAAAGAAAGAAAGCUAGUAAAGUGGAAUCGACAAAUGUGGGGUACCGGCAGGCAACCUGUGAAGAAGAAAACCAAAAUCGUCAAAAGGUGACUGUUGCUUCAUUUGCAAGUGUUUUCAGUUGGGUGUUUUGUGGUUGCUGAGGCGCUCUAGUAAGUGGAUUUCAAGUUUCUCCUCUUGGGCUUCUUCUUUCUCUGAGGAGCAUUGGAUGUAGCAUAGUUUCGGAGUGAAGCUUAUGGAGUGGCUGUCUUUACUCUGAGGCAGGCUUUCUCUGGUUUCAGUAAUGUCGAUGUUGGAGUUUGAUCCAAUGGCUUUCCCGAAAUUGAUAUUCAUGGCCUGUUUUGUUUGCUUAUCUUUGGGUCUUGGAACACUUAGUCUGACCUGUGAUCCAAGCGAUCUGCUGAUGCUCAAGCUAUUUGCGGGGAACCUCAAGAAUGGGUCGAUUAUCUCGGCAUGGGCAGAUGAAUCUAUGUGCUGUCAAUGGGACGGUGUUGUAUGUGGAAAUGCUAGUAACGGUUCAUCCAGCAGGAGAGUGAUUAUGUUGAUACUGCCAAGCAGAGGUCUGAAAGGGAUGAUACCAGGAUCAUUGGGUCAUUUAGAUCAACUAAAACGACUUGAUCUUUCUCAUAAUCUGCUGGAAGGAGGCAUACCCACAGAGCUCUCAAACUUGCACCAGUUGGAGUUGCUUGAUCUCAGCUACAACAUGCUAACAGGUCCGAUCUCAGAAGCAUUGGGUGGUCUGAAAUCAAUCCAGACGAUUAAUAUCUCUAGCAAUUCAUUUGAUGGUAAUAUGCUUGAACUCGGGGGCUUUCAGUAUCUUGCUGUCUUCAAUGCAAGCAAUAAUUCUCUUACUGGUCAGGUUGAUAGUAAGAUAUGCAGUUCUUCUAGUUCCUUUCAGACUCUGGAUUUAUCAGCAAACCUUUUCUCGGGUAGCCUUUUGGAAGAAGGCUUGAACAAUUGCAGUAUAUAUCUCAAACAGUUACAUGUCGAUUCCAAUUCAUUCUCAGGUCAUCUUCCAGACACACUGUUUUGGUUGUUUUCUUUGGAGCAGCUUUCCAUCUCUGACAACAAAUUCUCCGGUCAGUUGAGCAAGAGAAUAAGUAAGCUUUAUAGACUCAAAACCUUACUUAUUUUUGGAAAUCAAUUUUCUGGUCCCCUUCCUGAUGUUUUUGGAAACCUUACAGAACUAGAACAGUUUAUUGCACAUUCUAAUAAUUUCUCUGGGCCACUGCCUUCCACUCUGUCUCUAUGCUCUAAGCUUCGUGUGCUAGACCUCAGGAACAAUUCUCUGUCAGGGCAUAUUGAUAUUGAUUUCGCUAGAAUACCCCAUUUAAAUACACUUGAUCUUGCCACCAAUCAUUUUGUGGGUCAUCUUCCCUUUUCCCUGUCCAAAUGUCGGGAGUUGAAAACCUUAAGUCUUGCUAAAAAUGAACUAUCUGGACAGAUCCCCAAGAACUUUUCAAACCUCACAUCCCUUUCAUUUCUUUCCUUGUCGAACAAUAGCUUUGAUGAUUUAUCAGGUGCCCUUGGUAUACUGCAGCAGUGCAAAAACCUUACCACACUUAUCCUUACCAAGAAUUUCCAUGCAGAAGAGAUUCCAAAAAGUGCUUUGGUUUUUGAGAACUUGAUGAUAUUGGCAGUUGGAAACUGUGCCCUUAGAGGCCAAAUCCCAAUGUGGUUGCUGAGCUGCAGGAAAUUACAGGUCCUUGAUUUGUCAUGGAAUCGCUUGAGUGGUGGCAUUCCUCCAUGGAUUGGUCAGAUGGAGAGUCUAUUUUACUUGGACAUCUCAAACAAUUCCCUGACUGGAGAAAUCCCCAAAAGCUUGACAGAACUUAAGAGCCUAAUCUUCACAAACAGUUCUCUACCAGGGCUUACUAGUUCUGUUACCAUCCCACUAUAUGUAAAGCGUAACCAGAGUGCUAAUGGUUUGCAAUAUAACCAAGCCUCAAGUUUCCCUCCAUCACUGUACUUGAGCAAUAACAAAAUUAAUGGGACCAUAUGGCCUGAAAUUGGGCGGCUUAAGAUGCUCCAUGUCUUGGAUUUGAGCAGGAACAACAUCACCGGGACCAUCCCAAGCACCAUUUCUGAUAUGGUGAACUUGGAAGUCUUGGAUCUAUCAUGCAAUGAUCUUUAUGGAUCUAUUCCUUGGUCAUUUAACAAGCUAACUUUCCUAUCAAAGUUCAGUGUUGCAAAUAAUCACUUGCAUGGAGAGAUUCCAACUGGAGGACAGUUCCUCAGCUUUCCCAGUGCAAGUUUUGAAGGAAAUCCAGGAUUAUGUGGCGAGGUAGGUCCUCACUGUGAUCUACUUAAUACUAAUGAUAGGCAGGAGCCUGAAAUGCAACAUAUUAAAAACAAUGGAAUUGGUCGAUCUAGCAUCCUUGGAAUAACAAUUGGCAUAGGAGUGGGGAUCGCAUUGCUUUUGGCCAUUGUCCUGCUAAACAUGUCAAGGAAGGAUCUACGAGAUGCAAUUGAUGAUGUGGAGGAGGAAAUCAGCAGGCAACACAGGUUGUCAGAUGUACUUGUGUCUUCAAAGUUGGUGCUUCUCUUUUAUAAUUCAGAUUGCAAGGAGCUCACCAUUGGUGAUCUGAUGAAAUCUACAAAUAAUUUUGACCAAGAAAAUAUAAUUGGUUGUGGAGGAUUUGGCCUAGUUUACAAAGCCAACCUCCCAAAUGGAACAAAGGCUGCAAUCAAAAGGCUCUCUGGGGACUGUGGACAGAUGGAACGUGAGUUUCGUGCCGAAGUUGAAGCCCUCUCUAGAGCUCAACACAAGAACCUGGUCCCUCUACAAGGGUAUUGCAGGCAUGGGAAUGACAGAUUAUUGAUCUAUUCUUACAUGGAGAAUGGAAGCUUGGAUUAUUGGCUGCAUGAGAGGGUUGAUGGAGGGUCGGUGCUGGGAUGGGAUGCUAGGCUUAAGAUAGCUCAGGGUGCAGCUAGAGGAUUAGCAUACUUGCAUAAGGUCUGUGAACCAAAUAUUGUCCACCGGGAUGUAAAAUCCAGCAAUAUUCUAUUGGAUGAAAACUUUGAAGCUCAUCUGGCUGAUUUUGGUCUGUCAAGGUUACUUCGACCUUAUGAUACUCAUGUAACAACAGAUCUGGUUGGGACCUUGGGAUACAUCCCUCCUGAGUACAGUCAAACACUGACAGCAACAUUCAAAGGUGAUGUUUACAGCUUUGGGGUUGUUCUUCUAGAGCUUCUUACAGGUAGGAGACCUGUGGAUGUUUGCAAAGCGAAGGGCUGCAGAGAUCUGGUCUCAUGGGUGCUGAAAAUGAAAUAUGAGAAGAAGGAAGAGCAGAUCAUCGAUUCAUCAAUUUUGGACAAGCUUCAGGAGAAACAGCAACUGGAAGUACUGGGGAUUGCAUGUAAAUGCAUAGACCAGGAUCCACGGCUCAGACCCUCCAUUGAUAAAGUUGUUUUGUGGCUUGAUGCUAUUGGAGCUGAUGGUGGCUAGCAGUUCAGUUCAUAUAUAUAUAUGUUUUUUACUCACAUACAUAGUUCAAUUGUCAUCAACAUUGGCACUGAAUCAGACUUUUGGCAGGAUGUUCCAAAAUGAAGAUGUAAAGAUAGUAACAAGAAACAUAUUUGUCUCGCAUAUGGUUCUGCCAUCACAAGUAUGCAUGGGUGUUGGAGGGAAUUGAGAUAAGUAAGGUCAUAACAAGUAAUUUAGUUUCCCAUCUUUUCCUGAUGUAUACUGAUAGUAUGGUACAUAUAUAGGCACUUUUGGCCCUUCUUCUGGUUGAAAUAAUAAGAAGUCAAUAUAGAUUUUUUUUUUUGGAUAGUGACAGUGUACCAUUUUAGCAGUGCACUUUCUGUGACUAGGUCUUCACCAAUGACAUGUUGUUUUUUAACUUAUUUGAAAACAUCUAUUCAAUGAUAAUAUAUUGCAUUACGUUUCGUGCA